UCCUCUGUCAUCAUUAUCCGUCCGCAAACAAAAAAUGUAACUCCCGUUUCGGCAGAUGUUUUUCUUGGAUUUUCUCCUGUUUUACGGCAAGUUUUCAUUAAUUUCCCGGUAGUUUUCCCAUCGGAAAGUGAUUAAUAUUUCAACGAAAAUGGAUUGUGCUGAGCCGGAAAAAUGUUUCACCUGUUUUCGUCGUACGGAUAACUUCGUUCGCAUCACCAGCACUAGCGCUAGUGGGGAAAAUCUGGAGGAAAUUUUUGCCAAACACUUUUGGUUUACCAAAGAACAAUUCGUUCAGAAAAUGGUUUGCAGCAGCUGUUGGGAGCGGAUCGACGACUUUCAUCGGUUCUACUGCGAAGUUGAGAAGGCUUAUGGUGGACCGUUGAUCGAGGUAAAGGUGGAAUGCUUGGAUGACGAUGAACCGGUGCGUAUCACUGGGAUGGAACUGGAUCAAGAACCAUUGAGUGAGGUCUUUGCUGAAGCUUUGUGCAAAGUGGAGCAUAAGGAAGUUAAGGAUGGAUCGGAGGAUGAAUACAAAGAAGAAGACGACGACGACGAAGAGGAGGACGAGGACUACGAGGAAGAUAAAGAAGAUGACGAUGAAGAAUUUGAUGUUAGCAAGGUUGAAAAAGAAACCGAAUCGGAGUCGGAAAAGCCUUUAGCAAAACGUAGAUCGCCAAGAAAGAGUUACAUGAGAAAGACAUCGAAGACGGGAAAACGUUUAAAACGAGGAAGAAUUUCUUAUAUGCUGGAAUGCAAGCUUUGCGGUACCAAAAGCUCAGAGGUGUAUGAGACUUUCUAUCGACUUAAAAAGCAUUUCACCGAAGUGCACAAAAGUCCGGCUUUCGCCGUUUGCUGCAAACGAAAAUUUACAAGUCGUGAACAGCUGGGUCGCCACUUUAGAAAAUAUCAUUCAACCGGAGGAAAUACGAAAGCCAAAACCACAACGGAUAAUAAGAAAUAUAACAAACGUUGCAUGGAGUGUAAUGUCUAUUUUCGCAAUGAGAAAGGACUGGCCAAGCAUUUGUUCCUCAUGCACACACCUGACGAGCACAAGCAAUUCAAGUGUGAUCUCUGUAUAAAGGCGUUUGCCGAUGAAGAGCUGCUCAGAAUUCACAUCAACUGGCACUUCCAGGUGCAGCAGAAGGAUCAUUACUGCGAACCGUGCGACAGAUACUUUGUGUGUGCGUAUAAUUUAAAAACUCACAAGGAAAAGCACCACUUGGAGGGACAGGAAGUCGGACCGGUUAAUGCUACGGCAUCAUCGUCUGAGGUGGCUUCGGCAUCUGGUGCUGAACAAGCGCCGGCGACGGAUCCGGAUAAUGCUGCUGCAGAUGCACAACCUCCGGCUAACGAUGGCGAUGAGGAUGCACCGAGCGACUCGGAUGCAUCGGAUAGCGAACUAAUGGUAUGCCGACGCAAAUGGACCCCGGAAGCCAUUGCCAAAGAAGAGGAAAUCAUCCACAGGGUUCUCUCCUUGACCUGCGCCGUGUGUGACGAAGUGCUCGAAACUUUCCAGCUGCUGAAAAAGCACGGCCGAGAGAACCAUAAACUUAAGUCCGUCAAAGUGUUCUGCUGUGAGCGUUCCUUCAGCAGACGGUCUCGGCUGUACGAGCACUGCCUCAGUGUUCACGUUCAACCGGAUGCCUUCGAGUGUGAACACUGUGGGCGGAGAUUCACCGAAAGCUCCGGCUUGCGUCACCACAAGUGGUGGAUGCAUACCCCUGCUUCGGAGCGCCCGUUCAAAUGCGACAUUUGCGGAAACACUUUCAUGAAGGAAUAUUUGCUGAAGCAACAUAUUAAUCGCCAUUUGGAGCAGGAACGGAAAUCGUUCAAGUGUCAAGAGUGCGAUCGCACAUUGUCCACUGCAUUCCAGUUGCGGGCCCACAUGCAGUCCCUGCACGGCGAACCCAGUACCUGGGUUUGCGAUGUGUGCGCCAAAGGAUUUACUCAUCGUUCGCUGCUGGAGCAACACAGAAUGGCACAUACUCCGGAGGGAUUGGCCAAAAUUAGCGAACAAUGCAAGAAGUGCAACAAGUGGUAUAAUAGUCGAAAGAGCUAUGUCAAACAUCGCCGUCGCUGCGGCGUUCACGAGCCGGUCAAAUGUGAAGUCUGCGAGCACGUGGCCGUCAAUGACCUCUCGUUGAAGUCCCACAUGAAGCUGCGUCACACCAAUCGACCCAAAUAUCCAUGUACCUACUGUGGAAAGGAGUUCUCCCGCGAGUUGCGAUUGAAGGAACAUGAAGCGAACCACGCUGGAAUAGUGUUGUACAAAUGUGAGUACUGCCCGCGUAUGUGUAACUCAAGCUCGAACAUGUACACCCAUAAGAAGGUGGCCCAUCCGGAGCAGUGGGCACAGAAGAUGGCCGCCCGCUAUGCACCGCCAGUUGGCGCUGCGACUCCGCAAUGAGGAACGUCAAGUUAUGGAUGGAAUGGUGAUAAUUUUAAGGUGAAUUUUAAGUCAGAACGCUGUAGACGGUAGUUCGCACAUUAAUUCAAUGUUCCAAUAAUAAUAGUAAGGAGUAUGCAUAAACUAUUUGAAAGGCUA